CCGUAUCUUAACUGCUCACAUUUGCCGCUUCACAAAUUCUGAUAACUUCAUUACUCCGCGUUCCUUGUCAAAAACCAGUUGUGGAAGCUGUCAAGUGUCAUAAGGACGAUCAUGAAUCGCGAAAUCCCUGGCUAUUACUACGAUAAUGAGAAAAAGAAGUAUUUCAAGAUCGAAAAAACGCAUACGGCGCCCUCGUCGGCUGCUUGGUCGUCGGACGCCGUGAAAAGGCGCAAAGUCGAGCAUGAGGCACAAAAACUUGCUGAACGCCAAGCGCAUCAAGUAAAGAAACACAUAAAGCGCCAUUUCGUUGCCAGAGAUACAGUCUCCUCCGCACUCCUUACGAGGGAGAUCGGUCUUCCCUAUGUCGCCGAGAGCGGCCGUGGUAGAGUAGAGGAUGAAGACCUUGGUGCUGCAGGGUGGGCAAGAGGCUUAGUAGCCAAAGGCAACAUCCCUUUUGCACCAAGCUUUGCAAGGGAGCGACAUGCAAAUAUGCCGUGCUUUUAUGUUUCUGGGGAAGAUGAGAAGACUGGUCUUGGGGCUUCUUAUGCCACUUUGGAUGAGGAGACUUUGGUGGGAAGCUAUAUACCUACAGAUGAGAAUGACGAAAUCCGCUUCUCAAGAGAAGCACCCAGCUCUUCCGGCAGAACCCUUUCAUUCCGUACAGAAGCGGUACGGUGUCCACAGAUGUCCUCAAUCAAGUACCACCAGCCUUCACAUACGAUACUCUUGACUUCGCGCGAACCUGACAAUACCUGCGGAAUAUACUUCUUUUCUCCACGACUGUCAAAUCAUAGGGACCCCAAUUGCCCGCAAUGGCUGCUUGGCGAAUCAAUUCUCUACCAGAGAGUCGCUGUCCCUCAUGAGGGACGUGGCGAAUGGAUGGUUCACAAUAGCACGCCCGCCCCCCCAUCUUCGGACCUUAUUUGUGUUGCUAGCUCCAACAGAGGCCUCCUCAAAAUGCACUCUGAGGGGAGCGUCUCAGUGGUUGCCCCAAGAACCGCCCAGAACGGUAUACAGCUCCCACAAGAAGCAUUUGCACAAGAUUUCCAGGAGGGAAACCAUAACGUCGUGUUUACUGGCGGGAGGCAGCCCAGGCUUUGGAUAACAGAUCUUCGCGCCCCUGAACCGCAAUGGUCGUUUGCGAACCAUGCAAGCUCCAUCUCCCAUAUCAAGAGUGUAAACCCACAUCAGGUGCUGGCAUCAGGAUUAAAGAGCUCAAUGGCUCUCUACGACGUGCGCUAUCUUUCAAGUGACCCGCUUGGAACAAAGCCAAUGCUGCAUUUUAACGGGCAUCGCAAUGAGGCUCACUUUCACAUUGGUUGGGAUGUCAGUCCGGAACUGAAAGUCGUGGCUGCAGCACAAGAUAACGGUACUGUAAAGCUUUUUUCACUCCGAUCAGGUCGCAAACUGCGAUGUCCGGCUGUCGAACUUAUCCACACCGAUACACCUGUCAAGGCGCUGAUGUUCCAGAGGAUGCCUAGAGAGAGGAUGCCAAGUCUUUUUGUUGGGGAAGGGCCUUUACUAAGGAAGUUUUCCUUCGGAACAUUGAAAUGGGAUGAUGAAGCUUGA